UAAUAUAGUUGAAAUCCUCCUAAAUGAAACUUCUUCUCACACUCUACAGAAAUUAAGGUUAGCAAGUACUCUGAGUUUUCAAUGUUGCAGAGCAUGGAGAUAGAAAUCACAGAUCAAAACCUCGAAAAAACCCCUUCAUCCAAUUCACCCAUCGAUGACAGUUCAAGCGGUACUAGUAUUACAGAUGACUAUUUCACUUGCGAAAUCUGUAUAGAACCAGUUCUUCUAAGCCAGAAAUUCAAGAACAUGGAGAUGGAUGGGUGCCUCCACCCAUAUUGUACUGAUUGUAUCGUCAAAUACAUCGAAGUAAAGGUUUCUCACGACAACAUUUCAGAGAUGAAAUGUCCAGACAACAAUUGCAGUGUCUUCUUAAGCAUUUUCUCUUGUCGUCCGAUUCUCCCCGAAUCCGUGUUCGAGAAAUGGUGUCGUGUUCUUUGCGAAUCAUCUGUACUAACGGAAUCAUCAAAAGGUGGGUUUGCUUAUGGGAGAUCUUAUUGUCCUUUUCGUGAAUGUAGUGAAUUAGUUUUAAACGAGUGUGUUAAGACAACUGCAUCAUCAAGUACUUCAGCUAGUUCUAACAUUACCAAAUCAACAUGUCCAAAUUGCAAGAAGAUAUUUUGUUUUCAUUGUAUGGUUCCAUGGAAGGAAAAUCAUAGAUGUAGUAGAAGAGGUGAUUUGGUAAAUGACGUUGAUAGAAACGAUCUUCUGUUCCUGGAAGCUGCUAGAAGAGAGAAAUGGACUCGAUGUCCCAAUUGCAGCCGGUAUGUAGAACGUAAACGAGGUUGCUCCGCCAUGACGUGCAGAUGCAGAGCCACAUUUUGUUACCGGUGUGGGUGCAAGAACUGUGUAUGCAAACUAAAAGCAGGCUGUUGUUGCAGAAUGGUUAUGAACAUUUUAUUGUGCUAUGCGUUUUUGGGUUUUGUUUGUAUGGUUUUUUACAUGGUUCUCUUGGGAAUUAAGACUCAUAAGAAUGGCUGAUGAUGAGAUUCUUGAGGUGAUUAUAUUAAAUCCAUAAUGGCCGCUCAGCAGCAUCGAUUGAUCCAUUCAUCUACUAAUACUAAUGUUUGAUUGAAAGAUUUUAACAAAUUAUGUUUUUUUUUCUUCUUAUAAUCCGCAAUAUGUUAGUAUUUCCUUUGAUUUCUGCCAAGGUCAUAAAAUGCCUGUGUUUUAUGUAAUUUCUUUGCGUCUGGGUAUUGAUUUCUCUACUAUCUAUCGACAGACUUAAAGUCCUAGACAAAUAAAGCUCAUACGUUGAAUGGUGAGAAAA